AUGUCCGAAUCACCUCAAAAGCCAGUUUUCCUUCCAUCCGGACCAGUUCUGCAAAACCAACCGUCCUCAUUUGCCGAGCCAACUCGCGGAACCACUACCUGGCAUACUCUACUGUCCGCUCCUAACACGCCAACUGAUUCGCUCACCACCGGUAUCGCAACCUGUCCUCCGAACGGGUCACUCGCUCUGCAUCGACACAAACAAGCCGAGAUCUACUAUAUCCUCUCUGGUACCGGCGAGGUGGAAAUUGAGGGGGAAAGGCAGAGGGUGGUAAAGGACACCGUUGUCUGGAUCCCCGGGGAUGCAGAACACGGUGUGUUCUGUGGUGAGCAGAGCGAGCUGCAAUGGCUGUACGUGUUUCCUGAGAGCAAGAUGGAGAACGUCGUCUAUCGAUUUCGCGACGAGAGCGAGUACAAUCGGCCGACACACCGAGGCGUCGCAUCGAAGCUGUAG